CUUUGCUUCAAUCCAUUCCCUGCUUCAGCAUAUCUCCGUCCUCGGGGUUGUCAUCUUCCUUCGCUGGGUAUCUUUACGUGGCUUUGGACCUCAACUUUUAUCCAACGCUGUUACGACGCCAGAUUUGGUUGCUAUGCAGACGAUAAUCGCAUCAGCAUGGCCCGGCGACUUGAAUCCGCUACUUCCAGAUGACAACAUAUUGCGACAUUUCAAUAGCUGUGCUGUCGCGUCUCUGAUUUGAUCAUUGUGCGGGAAAUGCAUGCGCUGAGACUAACGUACUUUGUCAUAGCUUCUGAUCGGCCUCCCUAUAGAAUGCUGCCAUAACCAGUCUAUUCACCUCUCUCUUGUCAGGCUUCUGUACAUUCAAGUGACACCGGGUGCGCCUCUGAAGGAAGUGAAGCACCGACUUGACACGUACUCUCAACAAUGGCGUUUCCCGACCCCUCUCAGCCUGGGAUGGCUGACGCGCAAUUCGAUGCGACCCAUGACAGCUCAGACUUGCUGGAUGGAGCAGCGGACUUCGACAAUGACGUUGGUGCAGCGUUUAUGACGGAACAGGGGACAGAUGGUUCGGACCCAAUCGCCGAAGGGAAGCAGAACGCGAAAGCCGUCCUCGCAGCGUCAGGCGUGAAAUUACCACAAUCCGAACCAGUCUACGGGGCCUCCGAUGCGAAUCACUCACCGAAUGCGCAGGGUGGCAGCGCAAACGGAGCUGCUUCCAGUAAAAAGCGAUCUCGAGACGGCGCCUUCAUCCCGGCGCCGCCGUCUGGCUCGGCGUUGCCUGUUCGUGUACGAGAGACACCGGUUGAGAAAAUAUUACUGGAAGAAUAUGUCAAUCGAGAAUUCCGACAUUCUGCUCUAGCCGCUUGGCAGAACCCGAGCCAACAGCUUCAGCAAGAAAAACGUGCCGAACGUGACUACUAUCUGAACCUACGCCGAGAGAACCAUAUGAAUCCUGCUGCGCUGUACGGCGUAGGAUAUGAAGGUUUUGGAAACGCCCGUACCGACUUGCGCAAUCAAAACCCGCAGUUGCUAUACCCCGCUCACCGACGCCGCCCCGGUAAUCGCAAGACGCGAGAACUACGGGUUUCACGAAAAGAUUUGAAAUCCCAGAGCGAGCAAAUUGAAGACCUAGUUCCCAUCCGGCUAGACAUCGACUGGGAAAAGGUCAAGAUUCGAGACACAUUCACAUGGAACCUUCAUGACCAUGUUGUUUCACCUGAUCUGUUUGCGGAGAAACUCGUGGAGGAUCUGGGUCUGCCGCUCGAGUCUUGCUCUCCGCUAGUGAGAAUGAUCUCGCAGAGCAUACAAGAGCAACUGUGCGACUUCUAUCCUCACCUGCACAUAGAGGAGGAACCGCUCGAUCCUCAUCUUCCGUAUAACGCAUACAAGAACGAUGAAAUGCGAAUUGUGGUCAAGCUGAAUAUUACAAUUGGUCAAAAUACUCUUGUUGACCAGUUUGAGUGGGAUAUCAACGAUCCUCACAAUAAUCCUGAAGAAUUCGCGACACGAAUGACGAAUGAUCUCUCUCUCUCCGGCGAGUUUACAACUGCGAUUGCCCACUCGAUCCGUGAACAAUCGCAGCUGUUCACCAAAUCGCUAUAUAUUCUCUCACAUCCGUUUGACGGACGUCCGGUUGAUGACCCAGACUUGAAAGCCUCAUUCCUACCCACACCCCUUCUCUCAUCCUUUCGACCCUUCCAGGCCGCCAAAGAAUUCACGCCUUAUCUCUAUGAACUCAACGAAGCAGAUCUUGAGCGGACAGAGGUAUCGUUCCAACGAGAUCAGCGGCGACAGAAACGCUCAGUCAAUCGCCGUGGUGGUCCAGCCUUGCCGGAUCUCAAAGACCGCCAGCGAACUAUUCGCACACUGCUUGUAUCAUCUGUCAUCCCGAAUACCGCUCCUUCCUUGGAAGAGAGCAACGUUUUCAAGCGAUCUGGCUCAAGUCGUCGCGGCCGUGCUGCAGUGAGCCUGCGAGACGGAGGUGAUGAGUCGGACGAGUCGGACAGCGACGAAUCGUCAAUGGUUGGAUCCCCUGCAAUUGGGCCACAUUUGGCUCAAGGUACUGCACGCACAAGAGGAAUGCGAGGAGCAGCUACCGCUGCACAUGCUGCUCUGCGGGCGAAUCUGGGUCAGUCAGCAACUCCAGAGCCUCAUCACGAACCUCGAGUCUCGGCUCGCAGGCGUGACUACCGAGAAGAAACUCCAGAAGAGCCAGAGAAGCUGGUUGUUAUUCUUAAAAUACCCAACGACAGGCUCCGCAUACUCCUCACCAAUGGCUGGAAACCCAACCGCACGAUUCCAGUUCCAGGCUCGACUCCCGCCACUCAACCUCCCUCUCAGCGCAGCACACCGCAGGUGAACACACCGACGCUCAACUCAACUCCUAUUCCCUCGCAAAACCCCCAACAAACACGAAUAUCCGGCUCCGGUCGCCCAGGUCCCAUCCAGCAUCUUGGGGCGGUAGACGCUCCCAAUCCUCCUCAGCCAGGUGUCCCCGGGCCCUCGCCCCCGACUUGGCUUGUAGCUGGGCUCGCUCGACUCAAACGGUUGAAUCCCAACGACUCGUUCGAGGCAGUGAUGCGUUACACAGCUGUUGAUACGGAAACCAUGCAACCCGUAGCCAACGCCAACGCUCAACCAGGUCUGAAGUUGAAGUACCUAUAUCUCCCCCGUAUCCGGUGCCACGAUUGCCCAGGGAAACUUUAUACCCCCGGUCCAGCCACGACGGUGGACAACUUCGAGGUUCAUUUGCGGAACCGUCAGCACAAAGAACGCGUGGAAGAGCGGGUUACGAAAGCUGCUGCUGCCGCUGGAGGCAACCCGCCACCACCCUCUCAAUAAAUACUUCCACAUCUCGAACUCAUUUAUCGAGUGCUUGACUCUUCCCCUCCACCUUGGUUCGGUUCUGCAAAAUCUGUAUUCUUUAAGCAUGUCAUGUUGCACUUUUCUGAAUCACUACCCGCAUCUGCGUUUUGGUGUAUAUGAUUUUAGCGAAUCAGUGGCCCCGUUCAGUGUUGAAUACCUACUAUUACUUACUAUUCUGGUGCUUUGUUCUUCCGUCUAUUCCAAGUCUCCUGGUUAGCUGUCUCCUUGCCAUUCUGUAUCAUGCUCGGCGUAACUACACUAGGUUAGGCGACUACCCGUACUUAUGUCGUUCCUUGAAUAUACUGGCUGGCAUAUGGAAUGGAAUUUUGUACUACAUCCU